UGGUCAUUUCCCAAAUUGGCAUGGCCCGGCAAACUGCCCUCCUCUCGGCCUGCUUGCUGCUCGCGCUGCUGGUGCCCGGCAUCAGCGCCGCCGCCAACAUCACGAGCGGCAACUCGACGUUCGACCAGAACGCCAACGCGCUCUUCUCGUCGGCCUCGAGCAUCGCAUGGGCGCCGGGCCUCGUGGCUACGAUUUCGCUCAUUGGCGGCGUCGUCGUCACGUUCUUCGGCUACAAGCUGUUUCGCCCCGUCAUGUUCAUCUGCGGCUUCGCGGUCGGGUCGGUUCUCGGCUACCUGCUUGCGGAACAGAUCUUUAGCGGCCAGUCGUACGUGGUGACUGCGUCCUGGAUUGCCUUCCUCGUCCUCGGGCUCCUCGUCGGCUCGAUCGUCAUGAACCUCUGGGUCUGCGGCGUCUUCCUCGUCGGUGCGGCCGCCGGUGUCCUCCUCGCGUUCGAGCUCAACACGUCCAUCGGGUACAAAAUCUACCCGUCGAAUCCGACGACGAGUCUCUGGAUCCUCAUCAUCGUGCUCGGGCUCCUCGCCGGCGGCUUGGCCAUCUGGUUGGAGCGGCCGAUGCUCAUUGUCUCGACGAGCAUGUUUGGUGCGAUUGCGGCGACGUGGGGUGUCGGGUACUUUGCGGGUCAAUACCCGAGCGGUGCCGAGCUCGACGCGUGGCGCACGCAAGCGGCCGACGGGACGUUCGUCUACGACUUGCCCAAGGCGUGGUGGGCCUACUUGGCGGCGACGGCUCUCCUCUUUGGGCUGGGCGUGUACGUGCAGUUCCACAAGACCGCGGCUGGCAUCGUGCACUCGAACCCGCGCCGCAAGGACGCGGUCGCGACAUCCGGCCCGCCCCGUGGCCAGCCGAUUUCGCACGUCUAAGUCAUUGUGCUUAAGUGUUGGACCUCUAAUGCAUGUAUUCCGAAUGUGUACUUAUAUCGUGGGC